AUGCCGAAAGACUUCAAGGUUCCACCACUGAACAAGUAUUACAGGUCAUUCGACCCCAAUGAUGGCGUAGGUUCUUUCCAGUCUCAGAUGCACCUAGUCGGGGCUGACGAAGCCUGCAUGUGUGUGGCCUUCUCCACCACAUUCAGGGGAGUAGUUCGAACCCGGUAUAAGAACCUUGCACCGGACUCCACCAAAAGUUGGGCGCAGUUUGCCGAGCUGUUCACUACGCAUUUCAUUACCAUUAAGAAAUGCCCAAAAUCACAAGAGAGCCCCCUGAACGUGGUUCAGAGGGAAAGGGAGUCAAUCAGAAGCUACAUCAAGUGCUUCAACGACAUCUGCCAGCAGAUACCGGACCUCGAUCCAACGGUCCGUCUCACAGCAACGAAAAAGGGGAUCACCCACAAAGAGUUCAAUUGGAAUGUGGCAGCCAACAAACCAAAAGUUAUCACCGAAUUUCUUAAAUUGGCAGACCAGUUCAUCAAUACCAAGGAGAAGAUUAACCAAAAGACUGAUAAUCCAUUGGCUGAAAAGAGGAAAAGGGAGGAUGAAGGGAUGAGCAACAACGGGCAGAAAAGAAAGAAGAAAUCUCCACGACGAGAUCGAAGAGCUUAUCCGCCGCGGGUACCUGAAGAAUUACAUCAUGCGAGAGGAGAGAAGGCAGGCAGACCGAUAGGGGAUCGUCAGGAUGACCAAAGGAGGAAUGCCCCGGAGACUAGCAGGCAGAAUGAGUACCCACCUCGGCAGCUACCAGAGGAGAGGCCAGUUCGCGGAGUGAUCAAUACGAUCACCGGCGGGUCCAUCAUCGCGAGAUGUACAUCAACAGCUAGGAGGACUUCAGUCCGCAAAUUGAAGAACGAAGGCGAAAACCCGCCAAAGCGACCUCGACUUGAAGAACCUAUCUACUUCACUAAGGACGGCGCGCACGGCAUCCAAUACCCGCAUGAUGAUGCUUUAGUAGUGAAGCUAAGGAUCAACGACUUUGAGGUGAAACACAUUCUAGUGGACUCAGGCAGUUCAGCAGACAUACUCUUCAAAGAGGCUUUCGACAAAUUGCAGUUACAACAUAGCAAUCUGAAGGCGGCAGAUACACCCCUUAUAGGGUUCUGCGGCGAAGAGGUCAGGCCUCUUGGUCGAGACACAGUACCCGCCGAGGCAGAGACUAGGUAUCCGGAGAUCGAGAAACUAGCAUAUGCACUAGUCAUAGCAACCCGGAAACUACACCCAUACUUACAGGCCCACACAAUCGUUGUUCUCACCAACAGACCCCUAAGGCAAAUUUUGCUCAAGCCUGAGGUGUCUGGAAGAUUGAUGAAGUGGUCCAUCGAGCUGAGCGAAUACGAUAUCCGGUUCGAGCCACGACCAACAAUCAAAGCCCAGGCCUUGGCAAACUUCGUAGCAGAGUGCACGUUCGAUGCACCAACCCCUGAUUUGACCAAGCUCACUCACAUGUCAAAGGCGUCAACCAGUGCGGCACUAGACCCGGUCAAUGUAAUACCAACUUGA